GCAUGCUUGGCACCACUGGGCCUAGAAAGUAUUUUGGCUUUGGCCGCUUUGCUCUUUUCUUUGUCCUUGGAUCCAAUUUCGCACAGCUUUCAUAUCAAAGAAGAGAAAGGUGGUGGAGCAUUCAGCUGUCCCAGGAUUCCACUGAUUGCUUAAAUUGGAACGCAGGCUUGGCGCCAUCCAUCCCUAAUUCAGUCACCAUGCCGGGUGCUGCAUCUCACGCGGGUGCCAAGGCGGAACGCUAUAUUGAUAACAAGAGGAAAGAUGAUGUUCGGACAAUGAACAUGGUGGCUGCAAAAGCCGUCGCAGAUGCAGUGAGGACAAGCUUGGGGCCACGGGGUAUGGAUAAGAUGCUCACGACUGCAAAUGGAGAAGUUAUCAUCACCAAUGACGGUGCCACAAUUUUGCAGAAGAUGGACGUGACGCAGCCAGCUGCAAAGAUGUUUGUGGAGCUCUCAAAGUCGCAGGAUGUGGUGGCUGGUGAUGGAACGACCUCAGUGGUCGUCCUGGCGGGUGCACUUCUGAGACAGAGCCUCAACCUACUUGCGAAGGGAGUCCAUCCCACUGUGAUCUCGGAAGCUCUUCACAAAGCGUCCGAUAAAGCAGUAGAGGUGCUCACCAACAUGGCAACCCCUGUCAAGCUGAGCGACAAGGAAACACUGGUCCGGAGUGCAACAACUUCUCUUGGGAGCAAAGUGGUCAGUCAAUAUUCUUCUCUACUGGCACCAAUCGCGGUAGAAUCUGUUCUGAGCGUCAUCGAUCCUGCACGUCCGGAUAGAGUGGACCUUCGGGACAUCAAGAUGGUCAAGAAGCUGGGGGGGACGAUCGACGAUACUGAGCUUAUCGACGGCCUGGUGUUCGAUCAGAAGGCUAGCCGGUCUGCUGGGGGCCCAACGAGGGUGGAAAACGCCAAGAUCGGCCUCAUACAGUUCCAGAUCUCGCCACCAAAGACGGACAUUGAGCAGAACGUCAUCGUCUCCGACUACACGCAGAUGGAUCGGAUCCUGAAGGAGGAGAGGAACUACAUCUUGUCGAUGAUCAAGAAGAUCCGGGCCACGGGCUGCAACGUCCUCCUCAUCCAGAAAAGCAUCCUGAGAGAUGCCGUCACGGACCUCUCCCUCCAUUAUCUAGCAAAGGCCAAGAUCCUUGUCGUCAAGGACGUAGAGCGCGACGACAUUGAGUUCAUCAGCAAGACGCUGCACUGCCUGCCCAUCUCGAACAUCGACCACUUCCGUGGGGAGAAGCUGGGGCAUGCGGACCUGGUCGAAGAGGUCCACGUGGGGAGUGGCAAGAUUGUGAAGGUCACGGGCAUCAAGGACAAAGGGCAGACUUCGUCGAUUGUCGUACGGGGAUCGAACCAGCUGGUGCUCGACGAGGCGGAACGCAGCCUGCACGACGCGCAGUGCGUGGUCCGGUGUCUGGUGCAGAAGCCGUUCCUGAUUGCUGGAGGCGGCGCCCCGGAGAUCGAGGUGUCUCGUCAGCUGGGGUCGUGGGCAAAGACGCUGCUCGGGAUGGAGAGCUACUGCAUCAAGGCAUUCGCAGAGGCAAUGGAGAUUAUCCCAUACACUCUGGCGGAGAACGCCGGCCUCAACCCCAUCCAAAUUGUGACCGAGCUUCGGAACCGGCACGCGAACGGGGAGAUCAACACGGGCAUCAACGUUAGGAAAGGGGUGGUGACCAACAUCUUAGACGAGAAGGUGGUGCAGCCGCUGCUGGUCAGCACCAGCGCCAUCUCUCUGGCGGCAGAGUGCGUCAGGAUGAUUCUGAAGAUCGAUGACAUCGUUCUUGUCAGGUAAUCUGGCCUGACGGGGCGGAGAGUACACAUGCUGCCGGCCGACGAGCGCGAUCAAUCCUUAAUGUUGGUUAAGGUUUAGUCAACAGAUCCGCUCUUCCCAUACUCGCUUGUGAAAGCAUUUCGUUCCACGCUGAGCUGUGCUGCGAUGCGCUCAGAUGUAAGAAUUUGCCGGGGU